UUAUACUCUGAUCCUGAACCUGGGGCCAACGACGAUCUUGUGGUACACCUAUUCUUGAACCUAAUCAUGGAAAUGUAUCAGACGCAUGAUCUAUCGCUUCUUGAGCUAGCAAACGAGAUAUGCAACCAGAUUGUUUGGUUACAAAAUCAUCUGACAAGAAUACCAGCAGCUAGUGAGACUAGAAAAAUAUAUGUGGCUCUGAUUACGUCUCUGACGAUACACCCUCCUUUUUGCAGCCCGAUCACUUGGGGCCUCACACGACUGUCUUCGUUUCCAUAUCGACAUUGGUGGCGUCUUGUAAAAUGA